GAAUGGACAUCCGGGGCAGGCAUCAUUUAGACAUUUAGAGAAUGUUCCAAGCAUGACAAUAUCGUAUUUUGAUCGUUUAAACGUUUAGCUGAACUGGUAAAAGAAAACAGGAAAGAGUGAAAAAAUAAUAAAAUGAGCAGCUUCCGGUCUUCGAUGCGAUGUAUAUCUCCUAAUGCGAGAGUUUUGACUGCGAAACCUCAGGUAGAACAAACGCUUGAUAUAAGACAGACCCAAUACAAAGCAAGAAGUAGCAUCACAUGGUUUCUUGUAAAUAGUUCUUUACUUGGGAUUCUUGUCUUUGACAUAUUAUAUGGAGGUGAAGCAUACAAACCCUUCUUUUGGGCAGAAUGGUGUUUAGCUUCAAUAUUUGGAUUAAACGCUCUUUAUCAUAUAGUUAGAUAUGCCUGGGCUAGCUUCAGUCUACGGCCAAUUCUGUUGAGUCCUAAGCAGAGACGACUGUUAGGUGUAUCAGAGGACGAUCCCCUUUUCAGAAAUGAAUCAGUAUCAUCUCAAAAAACGCCUGAACCAGUAGUUCCAUUAAAUUUAUCAUGCAUAAGCUUCAACAGGAGAAUAACUCCGCUUGGCUCUCCAAGACUGAGUGAAUCUAAGGACUUUUCACCAUCGAGUCCAUUUUUUAAAUAUGGUAGUCCAACAUCACAAAAAUCAGCACCUAGUCCUAAUGGAUCUUUUAACAAAUCUCUUAAUGUCUCGAUGAGCACCAACCUGACUAGCGAGGAUUUGAUACAAAGUGAAAAGGAGUUGCAAAAUUAUCUGGAAGAAGCUCGACAAAAAAAACAUGUCCUGUCGACAGACAUCGAUCAGCCAUCUAAUUUACUUAGCUCCUUUUGGUCGCAUCCAGCGAUGAGAAAUCCUGGAGAGGUUUCUCCAUUGUUAAGAAGAUGCGCUUAUCAAUUAGCACCUAUUGUCGAUAAGUCAAAAUCGACAAGUCCCGGUACAGAAGAAGGAAGCUCGCCUAGGGGUUUGUUUGGGACACCCGAUGUUUGGAGAAAAUAUAGAAUCGACCCGAAUAAAGCGAAUGAAUGGACAGCUAAUCUUCGAUUGUGGAUCAGCAAAACGGUUGUCGAACGAGUGGCAACUGAAAUCGACAAUGUAUGUUUAGCCUUGGUUCGACAUGGUUUGAGUGAUUCUCAACCAGGAUGUGUUGGACUGGACAGAUUGAGAAAACUCGCACAAGCCCCUUUUUUAGUCACUGCUAUUCCCACCUUACCAACUUUAGUGCCUUUCUUGGAACUUACUAAUAAUCAGGAGUAUUUAAUUAAGAGGAUAAAAAUCUUAGCGAAUAGUGGUUCUAUGAGCGAAUUCAAGUGGAAUGGCGGUGGACUUCACAAUGGCAAAGAUUGGGAUGCCAGUUUGCCGACCGAUUCAGCGAUAGUUAUGCACUUGGUGUCGACUUACAUGGACACGCAACUAGAAGCUCCUUUAGACCAACCUGAUGCGCGACCGUUUACAUCAAGAUACAUGGCUAGGUCAGGAAUGAGUUUACCGCGUAGCAAAGGACCCAUCAUAGUGUCCCAAUCCAUAAAUCCACCACAUUACUGUCUGGCACAUUCCGGAGAUUCGUCACCCAAUGAUUACGAAGAAAUACAACGUGGUAGAAACAACUUGUUUCAUACGCUUCUAUUAUUCUUGUAUAUCGUCAAAACGAGAGAUCAUGGUAUGUUAGGCCGCGUUAACUUAGGUCCGUCAGGUAUAAACGUUCUAUGGGUAAUCGAUGGUUGAAGAUUUGGCCUUUCAAUUACACGAUUUUCUAUUUAUUUAUUGUUUUGUGUCUGUUUUUGUUUAUUGAUUCGAUGAAUUUAAAGUUUUGAUUUCGAUACAUUGAUAUUUUCAUUUGAUUGAAUAAAGAAUUGUAACUU